GCAUGUUUUAAGAUCUGCAGGAAGCUAAAAGAAGUUCAGUGAGAACAUAAUCAAUCAAUCAAUCAGCAUCAUCAUUAAAGAGUGCAAAGUGAGCAGGUGCUGACAAUGACGGGUAAAAGAAGAGAGUAUCUGCACAUUGAGACGCCAUUUUUGAGGCUGGCAUUUGCCAACAAGUACUUGCCUGCAGCUGGAAGAGACUUGAAGGUGUUUGGCAAGUUUGAGAACAUGCAGCCCUCUGGAUCUUUCAAACUCAGGGGACUUGGGUAUCUUGCUUCCAAGGCUGUUGCAAAUGGAGCAACAGGAAUUUGCACUUCCUCUGGAGGCAAUGCAGCCUAUGCAGUGGCUUAUUCUGCUCAGGUCCUGGGUGUGCCUUACACAGUGUGUCUGCCAACAUCAACUCCAGCCUUUGUGGUGAAUGCCUUGGCAGCAGGAGAGAAGUCCACAGUCAUUGCUGUUGCAAAUGGAGCAACAGGAAUUUGCACUUCCUCUGGAGGCAAUGCAGCCUAUGCAGUGGCUUAUUCUGCUCAGGUCCUGGGUGUGCCUUACACAGUGUGUCUGCCAACAUCAACUCCAGCCUUUGUGGUGAAUGCCUUGGCAGCAGGAGAGAAGUCCACAGUCAUUUUGCAUGGGAAAAACUGGGAUGAGGCCCAUGCCAAACUCCUUUCAAUUGUGGAAGAGAGUCAGGGAAAGUUGUAUCUCAUCCAUCCCUUUGAUCAUCCAGAUAUUUGGUGA